UAAAUGGAAUAGAGUUAACAUGUGAAGUGGUCGGGAUUAUUCAGGAAAAUUGGGAAAAAGAGUAAAAUGGACACGGUUUUCCCUUCUCCAAUCACUAAUUUUAGUCGGGCAUUAAAUUCAUCUGAUUUUAUAUUGUUAGACAUUUGUUAUAUUAUUCUUUCGGCUGAAUAUCCCGGAAUGAGGAACAUUAGUUAAACUUGACAGGUAUCUUUUUGUCACUUUGAUUUCUCGUUGUAAGGGACUUGAAGAUUAUCUUUUCAUAAUCUUCUCCAGGUGUCAAGAUACUCAUCAGAGACUUCAUCAGAGAACAGUUGAACUGAAUCAUCUCGUUUCACCAUUUUAUUGAUCACUCAAUAUUUAUCAUUUUGACUAUAUAGACUCUGAAAGAUGAUCAAUUAUUAGUUCCGCGCAUUAUGGACAGAUUUGCAAAGGAAUUUGUCGUUUUCAAAUUGGCCUUGGCGAUUAUGCUCAAACAAUCAUAAUGAUAGUUGGCAAAAUAAUUCUGGUAAAUCUACCAAAUCAUUGGCCAUCACUGCUAUAUGUAGGCGGCAGGAAGCAUUCAAGUAAAUAUUACGUAAAAUUACUCAAGUGACAGAGAAAAUUCAAGUGCCGGCAUUGCAAUUUCUCCGCGAAAAUAGAGACGAAUCGCGGAAACCUGUAAAAAAAAAUCGGCAACAGUUCCACAAAAAUUUCUUCCGUUAACAUUUCGCUCUGGAAUUAAAGGACAAAAACUGUUACUUUUAUUAAACAAUUUGAAGGUUGUGCUGCCCUACAUUAAACUGAAACGGAACUUAUCUAAACAAUAUAUUGUAACAAUAAUGGGCUCUCUGACAUUAAUUUACUAUUAGAUAUCGGAUUAUUUGCAUCCACAGAUAAAUUUUACUACCCAUCAUAAACGACAUCCGAAAUUUAUAGGUUAACUCGAUAAUUUAGCGUGAAUUAUCGUCGAUUGCACUUCAUGAUGUUCUCUAGAAACAGAAACACUUGAUAUUUAUUCCAUUUAUUUAAAAUAUAGUGAUAUACGUAAAUCAGAAGAAAAGUGAAAAGUGGACAACUGCACAAUGAAAGGCCUCUUUGUUCAUCCUUUUGUUUUCAUUCUUUCAGUAUUUAUAUUUAUUGUUUAUAUACUCGGUGGAUUACAUUAUCUGUCAAGUCUUGAAGAAAACACGUGCGAUUUGACGUACAUGUUUGAAUAUCCCCAAUAUGUCAGAAUUGAAUUGGAUGAUAAAAUAGAAAAACGUCACCCCAGAUACGCAUUGUAUGCGUAUGGAGAAGGAUUUGUUACUGAUAAAUUACGAAAAAAGCAGUUCACAGGAAUUCCAGUAUUAUUUAUCCCUGGAAAUGCUGGAUCUCAUGAACAAGUCAGAUCAUUGGCCUCAGUGAGUCUCCGAUUGGGUAUCAAACGUCGGACUUCUUAUCAUUUCGACUAUUUCUCAGUAUCGUUAGCUGAAGGAUACUCUGCCCUUUACGGAGGUGUCCUUGGUGAUCAGACAUCAUUCGUUGCUGAGAGCAUUCAACGAAUUCUGAAGCUCUACCGAAAGAAGAGUGAAAUUGUGCUGAUUGGGCAUUCGAUGGGAGGAAUUGUGGCGAAAGCAGCUUUAUUACACAACAAUCCUAAUAACAAAACUCUGGCAAGUCUUUUAAUUACACUGGCAACACCUCACGUACCUAGAGUUGCCUUUGACAAAACGACUUGCGACUUUUAUCACCAAGUGAAUAAUCGAGCACGGGAUCUGCAGAAACUUGGCACUUCUGUCAUUUCAAUUGGAGGUGGUUCCCGAGAUGUCAUGGUAACAACUCCCCAGAUGAUCGAUCCGCAUGCAGAUCUUAAUCUCAUUGGUAGUUCAAUUCCCGAUUGUUGGAAGGCCCUCGAUCACCUGUCGAUUCUCUGGUGCAGACAAUUUGUCAUUCCACUCGUUAGGGCACUUUUUGAUUCUGUUGAUAUCGAAAAGGGCAAUGCUGUCAUCUCUUACGACCACAACACACGACUGCAGGCAUUUAAUUAUCAUCUCACGAGUAGAUAUUCAAAUAAAUAUUGGACUCACUACAAUGAAAGGGUAACGUUUCACUCCUCCGGAGAAUGGAUUGAAGUUACUGAAGAACAAUACACGUUUAGAGAAUUCAACAAUAAAAACAAAAAGGAAUGGGAAAUUUACUUGAUGAUUCCAAUAAAUCAAAAAUUUACAUACGUCGGCAUCGAUGCAAUUAAUCUAGAAACAAAGGACUGGAUCUUCGCAUGUUCUGCAAUUCCUCGAGGUGAAUUAAAAACCUGUGAAUGGGGAUGGAACUUGACUAACCGAACGCGAGUUCUCUCGAUGUUUAAAAGAGAUCUGAAAAGAAGUGUGGACUUGGAUUUGAAGGAUUUACGAUUGAACGAAGAAUUAACACACAUUGUGGUGAGAAUACCAGCGAAAACCUCAAACCCAUCGACUAUCCACAUUGAUUUAUACUCUCUAGGAGAUUCCAGAAAGUCUAGAGAAGUCAUUGUCUCUGACAAGAGCUUGCAUUGGAUUCCAUUUGGAGUUUCCACGAUUUUACCGGUUUACAAAUCCACUCAUUUAAAAUUAACUGGCUCGGAAAUUCGACAUUAUAUCCGUUUAAAGGGAAUUAAGGACGUGAUUUCUGUAAAAUUGAAGAAACUUGAUGCUCAUGGUCACGAUGAUGAUGACAGAAAAUACGCUCAUGCAGUUAUUGAAUUACUCGAGCCACAAAGUCAUUCCAACUCGACAUUUAUCAGUCAACUUCGUGUAUUAUCCAUCAAUGAUAUCGGACGGGAGAACGUUUUCAGGAUCCAGACUUCAGCGACUGCAAUUGUGAAAUUGACUUUAGAGCCUCAAUGCUAUUACGAAAUCGAAAUCUCUCAAGGAGGAAUAAUUGAUCGAAUGGCGAUGCACGUGAAGGAUCGAUGGAAUCGAUUAUAUCUGGUUCUGAUGAGUCUUUGUCUGCUGAUAAUCAGUACAAGAAUCGAUGAAGAACGCAAAGGAACUGAAAUCAUGUACCUUGUCACAAUCCUGGGGGUGAUUCUCCAGAAUUUAACACUAGAAUUCAUCACGUCCUUAGGAUUUCUCUAUCUUUUCGCGCUUUCCACGUGUUCCACAGUCAUCUUCUCAGGAUCAUUAGUUCAUAAUUUUGCUGCACGAUUCUUAGCAAAAGUCAUCACGUUGUUCCCAAUGGCUUGGUACAAUUGGCUACUCAGUGAAGGCACUUACGAGCACCUCCCAAUCCUCUCGAGUUUUUUCGUGAUGUCGUUGAUAUCGACAAGCUGUGGAGCAAUAGCAAUGGUCAUCUCAGUUAUGAUUUAUCUACUGAAAUUGACGCGUAUGUACGAAGAGUAUCUGGAGGAGUUGUUGAUGUCUUCAUUGAGAAUUAUUAGUAACAAGUUUGAAAAGUUUCUGAAGAGUCGGAAGUCCAGGAGGAGCAGUGUAAGUGACAGUGAUGAUAUUGAUCCUAGAACUAAUAUCCUGAAUCACUUGAUAUUAUUCAUUAUGUGGAGUCUUGCUGCUAUUCCUGCUGUACCUUCGGUGCUCGUAUGGGCUAAAAACUUUAGUUACGAAUCGAGACUGUCUACUGAAGAUCCAAUCAUGCUGUGGAGCUGGGUGAUUAUCACAGGCUGGGGAUCCCUGGGACUUGUUAGAAUUCCAAAAAGACAUUCUAACGAAUAUAUCAACUUCGUUGGAGUCAAUCUUCAACGGAUUCUUGGCUGGAUGUUGCUCCUUACUGCUGGAUCGACAAACCCAGCGUUUUAUCAAUGGACAAUUCCUCCUAUCGUAGCAUUAUCGAUAACAUGUAUUGUAUUAUUAUCGUUACUCCCGCGUUUUUGGCCGGAGGAACAUAAUGAACAAGAACAGAAUGGAGAGAGUGAUGGAAACAAUUUUGUAGCAAGUGCCCUUGAAAAUGAUGAAAUUUCUACGGAAAAUGACGAGAUAAAGACACAAAAGGAUUAGGGACGGGGAUUAGGGGUAAAAUGGACUCGUUUUUUUUGUCAAUAUUUUCAAAGCUUUUUCCUAAUUUUUUAUAAAAAUGUAGGGACGAAGUAAUUAAUGCGUUGAUGUGCGUUUAAAUUUCAUAUUUCAUUAAUUAACAUGAAGUUUUAAUUCUUCAUACUAAAUUCAAUUGAUAAAUACUUAAAACAAUGAUAAAAAUCUGAUUUCUGAUUAACAUUAAACACUAUUUGCACGAAGCAGAAAUGAAGUUUUUUUUAUAGUCUCGACGAGUCAAUUCGCGGGACCAUUGGAAGAAAAAACGUGAGAGGGAGGGAAGUCCAUUCUACCCACCUUUUCCCCAAAAUUUUCGUUUUAUCGAUGCGUUGCACAAAUUUAGGUGGAUGCUUUUGAGGGCUAGUCAUUUAAGUAUUAAAAAUUGUUGAGGAACGAGUUUCUGCUUAGAACCUCCAUUUUAUCCUCCUCUCCUCUAGUAUUAAAAUUAGUUCAUGUUUUGUAUUUUAGGAUAAAUAUUAAAACCUGUAACCAUGAGGAAAAAGUAUUGGAUUAAAAUUCUAACGCCGAAAUUCGUGAGCACUAAGUACUGGAAAAUUUGGAUUUAACGAAUCCAAUGCUUUUGUUAGGAAUAACAAUGUCAAUAUGGGACAACGGAAUCUGUUGAGAGCGUUGAAGAUAAUUUGGAAAUAUUAUUUGACAACGGAACAAUUUGGAAAUGUCAUUUCAUAUGACUUACUUCAACAGUGGUACUUAACAUCAAUAAAAAAAUAAGAAAGAAAGAAGAGAAAUAUAGAAGAGCUCAUAAAAUUUUUCAGACAAAAUCAUCAGUGAUAACAAAUUUAAAACGAAGUGAUAAAAGCCAAGGUAUUAGCUAUGAAGUAUUGAAUGUCAAUUAGUUCAAUAGUAAGUGGUUGUAAUAGAGCAGAUUAAGGUCAUUAUCUUGCUGAUACUAAAACGUCGACCUUUCAUUUCUCCAUUGAUUUACUUUUUGCUUUAAAUUUUUGUUCAACUUAUUUUCCGUAAAACUGAUAAACGAAAACUACUGAAGAGAGACAAAACAGACUGCAGUGAAUUAUUGAAAAAUUUAUUCUCAAUUCAACUGUCGAAGUCUGAAAGUUAUUGGCAA